UUUUUAUUAAUAUACCUAAGAUAAUAUCAAGUUUUACCAGAUCAGCUGUGAUUGGACAAAUAUCAGUCAAUCAAUCAAUACACACAUAUUUCCACCAAUCAGAUUAUUAUUUGCUUCUGUAAUGCUAUUUGAUAGACAGCCAAAACUAUCGACCGUACAAAAAACAGUUUUGUCGAGGUAUAUUUUCCCAGUAUUAGUCAUAAUUAAAAAGCGUCAAUUCACCUCCCUCUCUGUGGAGAAAUGCGGCGUUUUCGAGCUGUUGUAUGCCUAAUUUUGAUUUUAAUGUUGUUAUCGUGCCUUUUUAUUAUACUAUACCAUUGGCAGUCAUUUAACAUGGAUUCUCCUUCAGAAAUUGAUUCAAAACUUGCCGGGUUCAUUACUAACGAAUUGUCUCGGCUUUUAAGACCAGAUAUACCAGCUGUUGAAGAUGUCGGUGAGAUGGUAAUGAACACUUGGUUUAAGCGAGAAAAGGAAUUCUGUAGAAAAGUUUUUGACGGCACUCAUCGUCUGUUCCAGAAUGAAGCGUGUCGAAAAGGCUGUUUAACUCGCGACAAACCAGAAAGCCGGCGAAAUGUAAUCAUUAUACCGUAUCGAAAUCGUUCGGAACAUUUAAUGGAAUUAAUUCCACGCUUAGCUGAACUGCUUACAAAACAAGACAUUUGUUACCUAUUAGUUGUUGCUGAGCAGGCUGAUCAACAACCGUUUAACAAAGGCAUUAUAAUGAACGCUGGAUUUGUUGAAGCAUUGAACUGGAUACCAUUCCACUGUGCAAUAUUUCAUGACGUUGACCUCCUACCAUUGAACAAUGAAAUUCCGUACACCUGUUCAAUUUAUCCUAGACAUAUAAGUCUGUGUGUGGAUAAAUUUCAAAACAGAUUACCUUAUAUUGAAUUAAUCGGUGGUGUCUUAUCAAUCCCAUUGAAGAUAUUUCUUCGAGUCAAUGGAUACUCUAACCUUUUUUGGGGUUGGGGUGCUGAAGAUGAUGAUAUGUAUGAAAGACUUAUGAUAAAUGGAGUUCCAGUCACGCGUCCUGAUCCAGAUGUGGCUCAGUUCACUAUGCUCAAACACAAUCCAAGUCCAGCAUUUCAUGUGACUCUAAGAACACAAAUAUUAUCAUUCACAAAAGUUCGUUAUCGUCUUGACGGAAUAAACAGUUUGAAUUAUACACUGAUUGACUCGAAUAUCAAAAUGUUUACUACAAGUAAACGUACAAAUGAAAACCGGAACAAGUCAAUUGACAGGCGUAUGCAUCAAGUUUUGCAUUUGAAAAUUAGCGUUGGUGAACCACCGAUUCAUUUUAUUAAAACUAAGCCUACAUGAUAACUGACGUAAUUGCAAAGAGAGUUUAUUCAGUACACAAGGUGGAAGGAUAUCUGUAUCAGUCCUUGCAUCGAAAUUAGAAACAUUUACACAUCUACUGUCGACAGUUUUAUUGUAAUCAAUAAGAUGUGAAGUUACAUGUCAACCCUUACUUAGUACUGAUGAUGAUGAUGAUGAUCUGGCUUUUGGUGUCGGCAAAAACAAUUACGCAAAUGUGUUGAGGUGCAGUUAUUCAUUCUAAAGUUGGAUUCUGUAGACCAACAUGAGGCAGAAAUGCAAAGAAGAAUAAACACUUUUUUAUGCAUGAAGAUACUUUUUUGGUGGAAAAACGUUUUCAAGUGUUAGUUUACUGGGGAUUUGAUUGUCUUCACAGUUAGAAUUCAUGAAGUACUGAAUUCUACCGCAGGGCUAAAUCAUCAAUGGGCUUGCCUUACUACCUGAAGAUCUUGUGUUUCACCUCCUGUUGGGUGGUCAUUAAUGCGUAAGGUUGACGAGGACGGAACCCCUGUCCAGUAUACUCCGGGUGUUCAAUGGUUGUAUAACUUUUUUCAGUUUGUGACUGAACUUGGAAGAACGUUUUUUUGGAAAUAUUGUGCUGCUCUUUGUAACUUUUUUUAAAAGAAAGCAUCUUGUUGGUAUUCUGCUUCUAAAAUUUAGAUAAAAACUGAAUAUUAAAAUUACUACCAUACAGGAUAUCAAGUUUUUAUUACCAUUAUUAAUAUAAUAAUAAUGAUGAUUAUUAUUUUUGUAUUUAUUAUUAUUCCCUUGCGUUCAGAGU